AAUUCGUCGGUAAUCAAAAAUCCGUCUGUAAUAAAGACUAAAUCUGUCUGUAAAUCUGUCUGUAUUAAUCCAUUUUCUAGUUGUGGGUGCUGUUGUGGUAUGGAUUAAGACAAUAUUUAAGGUUGGUUCAUGCGAAUUUAAAUAUAUCUAUUAAUUUGUUAUUAAUGUUAUGCGUACAACUUAAGUGCUUUCCUGAGGCACUCACUUUAGGACCUUCUUUAAGAAUUGUUAAAAUUUAAUUUUCUUUGCUAUUUUAUGUCCAAUGCCUUCAAAGUAUUUUGGAGACUUGGAAAAUGUUGUCUCUUAGUUAAUUAGGAAGCUAAACUCGUAGUUAGUGAGACUAGCAGUAAGGACUUCAAACUAGAAAUUUAGCUGUCUAUUUGAAAUAUAUAGAUUUUCGAUGGAUGUGUCCAAGGAUUGAAUGGAUACACCAUGUCAUGAAAAAGAAUAUCAACUCAGUGUAGAAAAGUUUUUACACUUUGCUUUUUCAUCACUAGGAAUUCCUUAAGGGAAAGAAAUUCAGUGCCCAUGUGCAAAGUGUUGUAAUAGACUUUGGUUAAGGAGAGAUGUCAUGUAUGACCAUCUAAUAUACAAUGGAUUCAUAAAAGGUUAUAGGCGGUGGUUUAAUCAUGGGGAAUCACUUGUUGCUAUGGAUGUUGACAGUAACACAGAUGAGGAAUAUAACUGCAAUGAUAACAUUGAUGAGUUGUUACGUGAUAGAUUCAGAGAUAAUACACAAGUUGAUGGACAUAACAUGGGGCCUAACGAAGGUGCAAAAGAAUUUUAUAAAUUGGUAGACGAGGCAAGCCAAGAACUAUACCCUGGAUGUAAAGGAUUCCCAAGAUUAUCCUUUACCAUCCGUCUUUACUUGUUAAAAUGCUUGCAUGGUUGGAGUAAUGCAUCGUUCACUUCUCUCUUAGAAUUAUUGAAAGAAGGAAUGCCACAUUUGAAUAUUCCUACUUCUUUUGAUAAAACGAAGAAUAUGGUGAAGAAUUUGGGUAUUGACUACCAAAAGAUCGAUGCAUGUCGCAAUGACUUCAUGUUGUAUCGGAACGGGUAUGAGAAUGACUCAUCUUGCCAUGUCUGUGGAACAUCCCGUUAUAUUGAGCAUCAUGUAGAAGAGGACGAUACUACCUCAUCUAAAGAGCCUCGUAAAGUUGCUGCAAAAACUCUAAGGCAUUUCCCCCUGAUUCCCAGACUUCAAAGGCUUUUUAUGUGCACAAGGACGGUUGAAGCUAUGUCUUGGCAUCAUAAUGAACGUGUUAAAGAUGGGUCGUUAAGGCAUCCUGCCGAUGGUGAAUCUUGGAAAUCAUUUGACAGUCGACAUGAAGAUUUUGCAAAGGAGCCUCGUAAUGUGAGACUUUGCUUAGCAAACGACAGGUUCAAUCCGUUUCGAACUUUAAGUAGUACACAUAGUACAUGGCCUAUUGUUCUAAUGGUGUAUAAUCUACCCCCUUGGAUGAGCAUGAAGUCUGAUUAUUUUAUGCUCUCUUUACUCAUUCAUAGCCCACAAUCACCGGGAAAUGAUAUUGAUGUCUUUCUUCAACCACUAAUUGAAGAAUUAAAAAAAUUGUGGGAGUUAGGUGUCGAAACAUAUGAUUCCAAAGAGAACAAAACAUUCAACAUGAGAGCAUGUCUUUUAUGGACAAUUAAUGACUUCCCUACGUAUGCUAUAUUAUCUGGGUGGAGUACAAAAGGAAAAUUGGCUUGUCCGUGUUGUAAUGAUGAGACUUCUUCUAUAUAUCUGAAACAUAGCCACAAGACAGUUUAUAUGGAUCAUCGAAGGUUUUUACCCAUGAACCAUCCAUGGAGACAUAAUAUAAGAUCUUUCAAUGGAAAAACUGAACUUAGGUCUCCACCGCAGUUGUUAGAUGGAACAACUGUAUUUGAUAUAUUGCAUGGGGUAGAUAAUUCUUUUGGGAAGAAGCAAAGGAGAUCAAAGAAUGGCAUUUCAAAUUGAAAAAAGCGGUCAAUCUUUUUUUAUUUACCGUAUUGAAAGUUCAACAUGUUUAGUCACAACCUUGAUGUCAUGCACAUAGAGAAGAAUAUAGUUGAUAGCAUAACUGGAACUCUUUUGGAUAUUUCUGGAAAGACAAAAGAUCAUGCAGCUGCGCGUUUUGACCUUAAAGACAUGAGUAUCAGGAAAAACCUUCAACCAAAAGAUACGAAUGAUGGUAAAAGAACUAAGUUAGCAAAGGCAUUCUUCUCAAUGACUGCAGUAGAGAAAACAAUCUUUUGUAGUGUGUUAAAAGGGGCAAAAUUACCAGACGGCAGCGCUUCCAAUAUCGCUCGAUGUGUGCAGCAAAUAGAAAAGAAGAUUUCUAGUUACAUUACCCAUGAUGCUCAUUUUAUGUUACAUUACUUGUUGCAAGUACCGAUCAAAAGCAUACUUCCUGACCAUGUUGCCAUCGCUUUAGUUCGAUUAUGUUCAUUUUUUCGCCAGAUAUGUCAAAAGGUAGUUAGCCUAGAUGAUGUAGUUAACUUAGAAGCAGAGAUUGCUAAGACAUUAUGCCAAUUAGAGAGGAUUUUCCUUCAAGCUUUUUUGACAUAAUGGUGCACUUGCCUAUCCAUUUGGAAAAUGAAGUGAUGUUAGGUGGUCCAGUUCAAUAUCGUUGGAUGUACCCUGUUGAACGAUAUAUGUGCACACUAAAAUCGUAUGUUCGUAAUAGAAGUCGUCCAGAAGGAUCCAUUGCCAAAGGAUAUUUGGGGAAUGAGUGUAUUAAUUUUUGCUCAAGAUAUUUGCAUGAAGAUGUCUAGACAAGAUUCAACAGAGUCCCUUGAAACAAUGAUGAGUCUGUUUCAGAUGAGCUGCGAACUCCUAGUUUGUUUCCAAGUAAAGGAUGUCCUUUGGGUGGAAAAAUGGGAGAUUUGUUCAUGUUAGAUGAAAAAUAAGAAAUACAAGGUCAUGCAUACAUCCUAAACAAUUGUGAUAAGAUCGAAGUCUACAUGAGGUAUUUUGUUUGAUUCAUUGUCAUUUCGUAGACCUCAAUCAUAACAUUUUACCCUACUAACAAAUAAGAAUAUGAAUAUUUGAUCUUCAGAGAGCAUGAGGAGGCAGUAAAUGAUAACAAUCCACGAAGAACAAAGUGGGAGAAAGCCAAAGACCAUAGUCAACAGUUCUCAGAAUGGUUUAAAACUUAUGCCAUGAAAAAGGAUGUGCCUGGUUGGGCAAAAGGGUUGGCUAGGGGUCCAAAUGGAGUUGCAAAAAGAUUUUCAGGUUAUGUUAUCAAUGGGUAUAGGUUCCAUACAAGGCACCGUGAUGCAAGACGUAAAACCCAAAAUAGUGGUGUCACAUUGGAGGCAUUGACUCCUAGUUUUGCUACUGUGAAAGAUAAGAACCCAAUUGAAACAAAAGUAACCUACUAUGGUAGAAUAGUUGAUAUGUUUGAAUUAGAUUAUUAUGGCCAAUUUAAGGUAGUCCUAUUUAAGUGUGAGUGGUAUAUAGUUGCAAAAGACAACUUUGGUCUCUCAUAUGUGUAUUUCAGUAAAAAAUGCUACUAAGAAGAACCAUUUGUGCUAGCAUCCCAAGUAAACCAAUGCUUUUAUGUGCAAGACCCAUAUGUGAGUGACAAACACUAUGUUAUGAAAACAAUUCCAAGAGAUUUAUUUAAGAUAAGUGAUGACCUUGAGUCUGAUUCCCUCAUAAUAUAUGCAAGGGAUCCAUGUGAACCUGAAGUGAUUCCCAGUCUCCCAAAUGAUAAUGGCGAAGUUGAUCUAGUGAGGAAUGAUUUACGAGAAACCAUUAUAGAUAUAGCUUCAAAUAUGUUUGCCAAACAACGUGGCGAGGAAGAUGAGGAAAGCGAAUACGAGUACAUGGAGGACUCUGAUUCUGAAACAUCUUGACAUGUUUUCAUGUAAUGCUAUUUUGAAUGGAGAAAGGAGAGAUCACUAAAAGAAAAUGGAUAAGUACCUUAGCACAAAAAAUGAAAGAAAAAAGUCCAAAAAAAAAGAAUUCCUUUGAGGUUACAUAAGUGAGGUCAAGUGCUGAAUUGCUACAACAAUACAAUAUUAAAAGAGAAAAGAUUAUGGCUGAAGAUAAGAAGGCUAGCUUCCAAGCUCAAGACCCAAAAGAUCAAACAAGAAACCAACCAUCACAACCGUGGAAGAUGCCAUUGAAGAGCAAGCUAGGACUCCAAAGAAGAAAAAGAAGGUCCAACCAAUGUCACUUUUUCAAGAAUGUGAACAUAAUGGGAACGGGACAAUGUUUCAUGCUGAAAAGACCUCCAAAACUGGGAAACAAAGGACUGUUGAAGUUGAUAUAAUGGAACAAAAUGAUUUAAGUUCUUAUGAUGAGGGAGAAGAUACAAGUGAGCUAAGUGCAAGUUCAACGAAAAAAAGAAUGAGUCUUGACAUGUAUUUUAAGGUACAUGGGAUAAAUUUGAAAGAUGAAGAAGAUGAGGAAGAUGAGGAAGAUGAGCUUGAUGAUGCUGCAAAUGAUGAAGGUAAUGGAGGACAAUCUAGAAAUGAAGGCACAAUAAAGAAGAAAACUCGUGGAAAGACUAUGUGCAAAAAGCUUCAUGCCACUGAUUUUAAUGAUCGACGGGAGGUGGAAUUUUUUGGAGGGCAGCCUGUAGGUCCAAUCAAGGAGGUCGUAUCUAAUCUCAACCAACUUUUGGGCACAACAGUCAGAAAUACUUGUUUUGUGACUUUGCUAUAUACUAGUUGGCAUGGUGUGCCUAAAAAUCUCAAAGAGGACAUGUGGCAGUAUGCCAAUCAAAAAUUCAUUCUUCCAAUAACUUCAAAGCGGUGGGUAAUAAAGGGAUUUUGUCGUUCAUGGAAAAAAUACAAAGGCAAAAUAAAAAAAGGAACAUUUCUUGAAGUACAACACAAAGAAAGAAAAGGUAAAGAACCAACCAUUAGAGAUCCCUGAGGUUCAAUUUCGCAAACUAAUUCGGUAUUGGAGUCUUUCGACUGUCAAGGUAAUAUUGUCCUUUAGUUCUUUAUAUGAUUAAACUUGGUGUUUUGAAAAAAGGUAAUGUGAUUUUGAAAAAAUAAGAAAACAUGUUUAUUAAGAAUAAUAACAUCUCUUUUUCAUAUUUAUAUUUAUAUUUAGGCUGUGUCUACUAAGAAUGCUGAAAAUAGUUCAAAGCAAACAUGUCCUCACCGGAUGGGAUCCACAAAUUUUGGAAUAGUGCGCAAGCAGCUGAUAAUAUAACUUAUUUUUUUUUGUGAUUUCUCAUUUAUAUUCAUAUUGUAGUUUUCUAGUUAGUAUGCUUCAUGUAAAUUUUUCUAUAUGUACUCUAAAGAGAACAGUGAAGAACCAUCAAGAGUUGAAGUUUUCAUAGCAACUUGCACAAGUAAAAAAGGAAAAGAAAUUGAUGCUAAAACACAAAGCACAAUUGCUGAACUUCAAACCCGCAUAGAGGCAGGGAAAAAUGAUGAGGAUGCAUUUGUAGGAGUGCUAAGAAAGGACCAACCAGGUCGAGUUCGUUGUUAUGGGGCUUCGAGUACAAGAAGCUCUCUUAAAAAGGAUAAGGAGAUUUGACAAGUCAAAGUUGAAUACAAUGAGAAGGUCUCAUCAUUAGAGAAGAAGAUGGACGAUGUAUGUAGUUUAUUAAUGGUAUUGGUGCACCAAGUCAACCCUGGAAUGAGUGAGGAAGAGGUAGCAGCCUUAGUGCAAGCUGCCCAAAAUUCUCCUUUGGAUACCUCAAGUAGCAGACCAAGAAAUACUCCUCGCUCCUCCGAAUCAACUCAUAUUCCAUCCAAAGAUACUCCAGAAAGAAUUAAUGGCUCUCAUGGGCAGUAGUGAAAAUAAUUUCGGUCACAAUGAUGAUCAGUAAUCAUGAAGUUUUAUAUUUUGUAAUGAAGUGUAAAGGAAGUACAUAAUGUAACCCAUGUUGGAAUUGUAAUUCAUGUAUUAGGAAAUUGCUAGUGGAUGAGACUUUGAUUUUUGGUAUUUUGUUAGAGUUUAUCAUGUGAUCAAACACUUUUUUUCUGUGACAAGUUUAUGAAGUAAGGAUUAGUUGAUUUA